AUGGGUCAUCGUACCAAUGCCAACGUCACGGCCAUGGAACGCACCGGUCUGCACACAGGUCAUCAUACCGGUGCCAACGUCACGGCCAUGGAACGCACCGGUCUGCACACAGGUCAUCAUACCGGUGCCAACGUCAUGGCCACAGAACGCACCGGUCUGCACACAGGUCAUCAUACCAAUGCCAACGUCAUGGCCACAGAACGCACCGGUCUGCACACAGGUCAUCAUACCAAUGCCAACGUCAUGGCCAUGGAACGCACCGGUCUGUUCACAGGUCAUCAUACCAAUGCCAACGUCAUGGCCACAGAACGCACCGGUCUGUACACAGGUCAUCAUACCAAUGCCAACGUCACAGCCAUGGAACGCACCGGUCUGCACACAGGUCAUCAUACCAAUGCCAACGUCACAGCCAUGGAACGCACCGGUCUGCACACAGGUCAUCAUACCGGUGCCAACGUCAUGGCCACAGAACGCACCGGUCUGUACACAGGUCAUCAUACCAGUGCCAACGUCACGGCCACAGAACGCACCGGUCUGCACACAGGUCAUCAUACCAAUGCCAACGUCAUGGCCACAGAACGCACCGGUCUGCACACAGGUCAUCAUACCGGUGCCAACGUCACGGCCACAGAACGCACCGGUCUGCACACAGGUCAUCGUACCAAUGCCAAUGUCACAGCCAUGGAACGCACCGGUCUGCACACAGGUCAUCAUACCAAUGCCAACGUCAUGGCCACGGAACGCACCGGUCUGCACACAGGUGAAAGCAUGUGA